UCCGCGAGAUGAGACAGUUGAAAGUCUAUAUGUGGCAGUUGUUGAUUGUCUUUGGCUGCCUGUUACCUGCAAAUCAGGUGCGGGCGGAUUUGCUUGAGGAAUGCACAGGUGUUAUAAUCAACAAGGUGCCCAAUGAGAACACGGAAUGCAGCGAAUAUGUCCACUGCGAUGGCGAGGAUUCGUACUACUGCAGGGAUUGUCGCGAGGCCGUCGAUUGUAACGCUAAGGAAGCCACUACCAAAGCACCAGUUACCACCUUAAGACCUGUUGAAACCACCACCACGAGAGUGUCCACGACAGCAGAAGCUCCUUCUCCGGCAAACACAACAUCUACUACAACGCAGACAGUGACAAUCUCUUCGUCCAUUUCACCACCUUCGGUGCCAACCACAUCUGCAAUGCCAACCACCGAUGUCCAUGUGAAGUGCAAGACAAGUGGAAAAAAUGAGGUCUAUCCGUAUCCAGCGAAUAGUAAUUACUACUAUCAAUGUCUUGCCGGUUAUCUGCUACUUCAGCAGUGCCCCCAGAACUUCCAUUUCGAUCAGUCCCAAGGACAGUGUAUUUCCACAAAACCGUAUCCGUAUUCGUAUUCGUAUCCGUAUCCGUAUCGCUCAUCGCACUUACAUGUGUAAGAUGCAUCUGUGAGUCUGUAAUAAAGUCAGUAUCAAAGCGUGUUCUUAGGCAAA